GCCACUGGAUACCUCUCUGCAGCAGGAUUUGGUCCUAAGUUGCUUGGAGUUUUCGGGAAUGGUAUGGUGCAGUCAUUCAUUGAUGCAAGAACUUUAACUCCUUUGGACAUUAGAAAGCCGGAGCUUGCAGCUGAGAUAGCAAAGCAGCUAUGUAAGUUCCAUAAAGUAGAAAUUCCGGGUCCUAGAGCAUCUGAAUUGUGGAAUGACAUUUUUAAGUUUCUUGAUAAAGCUUCUUCGCUUGCGUUUGAUGAUAGUGAGAAGCAAAUGAUAUACAACACUAUUUCUUUCGAACAUGUUCGUAAUGAAAUUAUUGAGCUCAAGGAGUUAUCUGAAAACCUUCAUGCUCCUGUUGUGUUUUCUCACAAUGACUUGCUUUCUGGGAACUUAAUGUUUAAUGAUCAAGAAGAGAAACUUUACUUCAUUGAUUUUGAGUAUGGAUCAUACAGUUACAGAGGUUUCGACAUAGGAAAUCACUUCAACGAGUAUGCUGGCUAUGAUUGUGAUUAUAGCUUAUAUCCAAGUAAGGAUGAGCAAUAUCAUUUCUUCAAGCACUAUUUGGAAUCUGAGAAACCAACGGGUGAAGAGAGUCUUGAAGCUCUUUAUAUUGAGACAAAUGUAUUUAGAUUGGCGUCGCAUUUAUAUUGGGCUUUAUGGGCAUUGAUACAGGCAAGAAUGUCUCCAAUUGAUUUUGAUUACCUCGGGUAUUUUUUCUUGCGAUACAACGAGUACAAGAAGCAGAAAACUAGUGUCAUCUCCCUCGCAGAAAAACACUUUACUAGGAUGAACUUUUGAAACAUAUUGGAUAAUCAAUUGUUAUAGCCUCUAGAUUUUGUUUUUCUUUGUAUUGGACAUGUUUUCUUGAACAAUUGAUGAUAUACAUAGUGUUGUUGUGAAUUUGAGUUAAUAAUACAAUAUCUGCUGUGAUUUGGUU